AUAGACGCCUUACAGUCGGACUUUAAAAAAAAAAAAAAAAAAAAAAAAAGCCAAAGCGUCGCGCCGUUUUUACCGACAUUCGGGUUCCUGAUCUCACAGAAAUAUUACAAUUGCGUAACAUCUCCCGGGUCUCAUCUGUUAAUUAGGCCUACAUCAUUUACAGGAUGAUUGGCACCUCCCACCAUGAUGUGUGAGGCUGUAUCCUGCACAGCCCGAGAUAAAAUACGUGAGGACGGGAGAGGGGAAAAAAAGAGAGAGAGGCUGCUUUCCCCCUCCUCAAUUUUAGGCCAUUUAUUUCAUGGAGACAGCGAUCCAUUCCCUCCCCGCGAUGAUAAUAAGCCUCCUGAUCCAGGCUGAGCACUUUGACAGAUGGACUCCGGUGCCGUAGAAAGAAAAGCCUAUUUCCUCCUGGAUACAGCCCGUAAUUACAAUUCAUGAUGACACCCUUUUUCCCCUCUUCUUCUUCUUCUUCCUCUUCUUCUUCUUCUACUUCUUCCACACGUGAAUGUACGAAACAGCGCCGCAUCUUUCUCCUGCUCUGCCCGGCAGGCCUGCUUUGGAUGCUGCUGCUGAUGAUUGUUGUGUGUUUGGCUGCCGAGGUGAAGCUAACCCCCUUCACGACUCAUUUCCGUGCAUCAUGCGCAUUCAUCCUCCCCGUCAGGAGCGCGGAGGCCCGGGUACACACACGAGACGCGCUCCGGUGGCUGGAUUCACUCUCCAGACGUUCAGUAUCGCGAUGACAGUCAGUGGAGCGAUAGAAAAGAAAAAGAAAAAUGCUUAGUCCGUCUAUGAGGUUUGGUGAGACGCCUGAGAAAGGUUCGUCUCUCAUCCCAGUGAAGCCUGGGCCGGGGGCCAGAGGUCGUCCACCGAACCCCUCACGCUCCUCCCCCUCUCACCCCCUGCACCCCCCUCCCUCACCCUACACCCCUUUCAACCACUGGACCACUUUCACCCCCCCCCACAUACUCACACGACCACCCUUUCCGCCUCACCACCCCGCAGCACCUCUUGUCUCGUGCCUGCCCGCCUCACCCAAUCAGCUUGAGAGUAAAGACUCCCCCCCACCUCCCCCGAAACCCGUCGUAGUAACUGUUUCAUGACGAGUCAGUCGUCCACUAGGCACUGCUCUCAGGUGUCCUAGACGUCCUCUCUCAGAUAACACCUCUCGCACCCAGGCCUCAAGAUGAUGUGCGAGGUGAUGCCCACCAUCUCCGAGGACGGGCGCGGCGGGGGAGGAGGCGGCUCGUCUUCCCCGGCGGGGGGCGGAGGAGGGAUGGGAGGAGGGAUGGGAGGCGUGGGGGGCUACGGAGGCCGGGAGGCCCGCGGCGGAGGCGGCAGCGACGAGGGGGGCAGCACGGGCAACCUGGAGUCGCUGAUGGUGAACAUGCUGACGGAGAGGGAGCGGCUGCUGGAGAGCCUGAGGGAGACGCAGGACAGCCUGGGGACGGCGCACCUACGCCUGCGAGAGCUGGGCCACGAGAAGGAGUCGCUCCAGAGGCAGCUGUCCAUCGCCCUGCCGCAGGAAUUUGCAGUGCUGACCAAAGAGCUGAACCUCUGCCGGGAACAGCUGCUGGAGAGAGAGGAGGAGAUAGCCGAGCUGAAGGCGGAGAGGAACAACACACGACUGCUGCUAGAACAUCUGGAGUGCCUGGUGUCCCGUCACGAGCGCAGCCUGAGGAUGACCGUGGUGAAGAGGCAGGCCCAGUCCCCGGCCGGGGUCUCCAGCGAGGUGGAGGUCCUGAAAGCCCUCAAGUCCCUGUUCGAGCACCACAAGGCCCUGGAUGAGAAGGUGAGGGAGAGGCUACGGGUGGCGCUGGAGCGAGUGGCGUCCCUGGAGGAAGAGCUGCAGACGUCCUCUCAAGAGGUUGUGUCUUUAAGGGAGCAGAUCAAGCGACGGCAGCAGGGACUGGACAACGGCAAAGAGCGGCUUCCCAACGGACCUUCCUCCAUCUUGGACGACGCCGACGUCGACAGGCAGAGGGAGGGCGAGAUAGAGCGACAGAGGUCAGAGCUGGGUCAGCUGAAGGAGAGGCUGGCGCUCAUGUGCAGACAGGUCGGCGAGAUCGAGGAGCAGCUGACGUCCGCCAGGAGGGAGCUGGCCCGGUCGGAGGAGGCCAACCAGAAACUGCAGAGGGACGUGAAAGAGGCGCUCUGUCAAAGGGAGGACAUGGAGGAGAGGAUCACCACAUUAGAACGCAGGUACCUGAGUGCCCAGAGGGAGGCGACGUCUCUCCAUGACAUAAAAGACAAACUGGAGAACGAGUUGGCCAGCAAAGACUCUCUGUACAGACAGAGCGAGGAGAAGAACCGGCAGCUACAGGAGCGGCUGGAUGAUGCCAAACAGAAGCUGCAGCAGACUCUGCAGAGGGCCGAGACGCUGCCUGAGAUAGAGGCGCAGCUCGCGCAGAGAGUGGCAGCGCUCAAUAAGGCGGAGGAGCGUCAUGGUAACUUUGAGGAGCGACUGCGACAGAUGGAGGCGCAACUGGAGGAGAAGAACCAGGAGCUACAGAGGGCGAGGCAGAGGGAGAGGAUGAAUGACGAACACAACAAGCGCCUCUCCGACACGGUGGACAAGCUCCUGUCCGAGUCCAACGAGAGGCUGCAGCUCCACCUGAAGGAGAGAAUGGCCGCCCUGGAAGAAAAGAACGCCCUCUCAGAGGAACUGUCUAACAUGAAGAAACUCCAGGAUGAUCUGCUGGCAAACAAGGACCAGCUGAUAGCGGAGCUGGAAAGGAUUCAGCUGGAGUUAGAUCAGCUGAGAGCGAGGCCCGGGGGCUCUUAUUCCAGUCGCUCUCUGCCAGGUAGCGCUCUGGAGUUGAGGUAUUCCCACGGGGGCGGGUCCCUUCCAACUGGUUCCACCACUCACCUGGAUCCCUUUGGCAGUGCCCCCGCCGGGGGCGUGGUCAGGCGGAGUCACCGGGCCCGCUGGAGCUCCGCCCGAGAGGACUCCACCAAGUACCCAGACUGGGAGAGCGGGGCUAUGCUGGGGACCGGGUUUGAGCCGGGCUUGGAUGUGGGCUGCUCGGACGACGAGGACGACGGGGAGGCUCGGUUCGGCUCUGAGCUGCUGUCCCCCAGCGGACAGACGGACGUGCAGACCCUGGCCAUCAUGCUGCAGGAACAGCUGGAGGCCAUCAAUAAAGAGAUCAAACUGAUCCAGGAGGAGAAGGAGAACACAGAGUUGCGGGCCGAAGAGAUCGAGAGCCGGGUCAGCGUGGCUUUGGACAGUCCGCCCAUCCCUCCAACCUCUCUGGGGCGAGACAGCACAGGACGGGGCUUCAUCCCCUCGUCCAUCACAUCCUCCACCCUGGCCUCCCCCUCUCCCCCCAGCUCCGGACACUCCACCCCUCGCCUGCCUCACUCCCCGGCCCGCGAGACCGAUAGACAGAACAACAAAGAAGACGACCGGUCCCUCGCUGUCCUCGACUCCACGCCUCCGUCCACUCCUCGCGCGCUGCGGCUGGACAGGAUGACCCUCACCCAUCCAGGUGCGAUGCUAGACGACCCCCGGGAGUUUCGCAGUCUCUCGGCAGAUGGCAGCAGCUCCAACAGCAGCCAAGAUUCUCUCCACAAGUCCAGUAAGAAGAAAAGCAUCAAGUCUUCCAUCGGUCGGCUUUUUGGAAAGAAGGAGAAGGGAAGGAUGGGCCAACCUGGGCGGGAUGGAUCCGCAUCUCUCGCGUCUACACCCUCUGAGGACCUGGCCUCUGGAGACCCGAUGGGCAUGAACAAGACCGGGACGCUGGGUCCAGCAGAUAAAGACCGCCGCAGCAAGAAGAAGCACGAGCUACUGGAGGAAGCAUGUCGCCAAGGACUUCCUUUUGCAUCUUGGGACGGACCCACUGUUGUAUCUUGGUUGGAGCUGUGGGUGGGAAUGCCGGCCUGGUACGUCGCAGCCUGUCGCGCCAACGUGAAGAGCGGCGCCAUCAUGGCCAACCUGUCGGACACGGAGAUCCAGCGGGAGAUCGGCAUCAGUAACCCGCUUCACCGCCUCAAACUGCGGCUGGCCAUCCAGGAGAUGGUGUCCCUCACCAGCCCCUCCGCCCCGGCCAGCACUCGCUCUUCGACCAGUAACGUGUGGAUGACCCACGCAGAGAUGGAGUCUCUGAAUGCUGCCACCAAGCCUCCGGAGCUGAAAGAGUUCAGCUGGGAUCAGAUACUGGCUUACGGCGAUAUGAAUCAUGAGUGGGUGGGCAACGACUGGCUGCCCAGUCUGGGCCUGCCGCAGUAUCGCAGCUACUUCAUGGAGUCCCUGGUGGAUGCCCGCAUGUUGGACCACCUGACCAAGAAGGAGCUGAGAGGACAGCUCAAAAUGGUGGACAGCUUUCACAGGGUCAGUUUGCAUUACGGCAUCAUGUGCCUGAAGCGGCUGAAUUACGAUCGCAAGGAGCUGGAGAGGAGGAGAGAGGAGAGCGUCCACCAGAACAAAGAUGUGAUGGUGUGGUCCAAUGAGCGCGUGAUGUGCUGGAUACAGACUCUCGGUCUGAAGGAGUAUGCCGACAACCUCCGCGAGAGUGGCGUCCAUGGGGCUCUGCUGGCUUUAGACGACACCUUUGACUACACCGACCUGGCCCUGCUGCUGCAGAUCCCCAAUCAGAACACACAGGCCAGACAGCUCCUGGAGCAAGAGUACAACUCCCUCAUCUCCAUGGGAACCGAGAGACGACCCGAUGAGGAUGGAACGAAGACGUUCACCCGCUCGCCCUCCUGGAGGAAGAUGUUUAGGGAGAAGGACCUCCGGGGCGUGACCUCCGACUCCGCCGAGACCCUGCCUGCUAACUUCCGUGCCUCAGCCAUCUCCACGCCCUCCGUUACCCUGAGAAAGGUUCAGAGUGAUGCCAGCUCUGGUGCCCGGGGUGAAUCUGCCUCAGUGAGGACGUACUCCUGUUGAGGGGCUGAGGGCGCUGACUGGAUCGGGGGACUUAGAGGACCCUCUCGCUCAUCCACGGAGAAAGAAGCAAUGAAUAUAACCAUUUAACUUAAAAAAAAAAGAAGAAGAAGAAGAAAUCUAUCGGUCUGACCAUUCUGCAAUAACAGAAGCAAAGGAAUGAAGGGGAAAAUGACAUGAAGAAUGUAUGAAUGUAUUUUCCGACUUGAAAGGUUGAAUGGGAUCAGCUGUUUUCUCUCUCUCUCUCUUUCUCUCUCUCUCUCUCUCUCUCUCUCUGUCUCUCUCCUCCUGUCACUCUGUCUUUGCUCUUUCUCCCGGCGUGACUGUGCUGUGGGGUUAAUAAAGGACAACGCCAGGUGUGGGUUAGGUUAGUGCCGGUCGUGCAGGUUUCCCCUCUUUUCAUUCCUCGCCAGGAGUCAGCGGAGUUGGCAAUAUCAGGGCUCAUUUUCCUACCUUCAGAAACCACUUGCUGCCAUUUCUUUAUUCUCUUACAGUCUGAAAACAGCUAAACGUGUCGCCUUAUAACUCCUGCCCAGCAACAGGUGUCUUUCAGGAGAAGCGGGGCAGGGGUUAACCUCACCGUAAAGUUUUAAAAACAAGAGGAGUGACUGGAGGGAUGUUCGCAAUGACUAGGGGGGAAAUGGCUGGUUGUAACUCUUAAACAACACCGGCGUUCUCCUUUCUGCUCACGAGUCGGCUGGUGUCCGGUGUCAGCCAUUGUGGCUCCAUUGUUGGCGUCUAUUGGGCCCGCCAGGGGUGUCUAAGUGUCCCCAAUUGGUCGGAGUGGCGUAGUAAAACACGUCCGAAUUCAGACCACUGUACAGCUCCGACCACAUCAGAGGGACCCUCCUUGCGCUUUGUCUGUUGGCACCUUGAAAGCUGAUAGGCAGAGUAAUUUCUUUUGAUGGGACCCCAUUAUAGAGAUCAAAGGCACAGAGGUGGAUGGGAGAGGGUGGAGCGAGGCCACAGGGGCACUGUGCUCACCGGGUUCAUGAUGUCCAUGGCAGGAAAUCCAUGCAGCUAGUGUCGGUGCCGCUGUCCGAUAAGGCAUGCCGCACAAGGAGUUGUAACUUUUGGCGUCAUGGAGGUUAAAGGAGCGCCCCGCAGAAGAACACUCCUCAGGAGGCGUCUUCUGUGGUGCCAAAGGAGCGUUACACUCAUGAUAGCGUAGCGAUGUCAUCGGGGAAAUCUUCCAAAUGAGGGUGGAGAAAAUUAAGAGAAAGCUAAUUAAAGCAUUUGUUAACCGCUGUAUAGGUCAGCAAAACAGCUACUUGAGUUUGGGGUUGCCAAGUUGUGAGAAAAACUGUUUAAACGACACAAAAUGUAGUUCUCUGAAUCUUUGGGAGGAUGCAAAUAGAGACAUUACCUUCUGGAAAUAUCGUCUUAGGGCUGCAAUAAACGAUCAUUUCCAAUCGACAAAUCGAUACUACUGCGGUCUGUUAAACGUCUGAACAUUGCGAAUAAUGUCGUUCCAUGUUUCCAAACUCAAGAUGACGUCCGCAGAAUGUCUUGUUUCAUCCACAACCCAAAAAUAUUCAGUUUGCUGUCAUAAAAGAGCAGCGAUUCCAAAAAAGUGCUUGAAUCAGAGAAAUUCUGAUUUUUGCCCGCUUGUCAACAUCUGAUUAACAUUUAUAGCUGCUGAUUUGGUCGCUAAGUAUAAGGUUGUUAAUAAAUUUGAUUAUUUGAUAUGAAUUAAAGAGCUAGCUGAGAAGGCAACAACCAAAGUUGUUGCCUGCUUUUCUACGAAUUGGAACAUAAUUAAAAUGACAAUGCCACGAAUGACAAACCCUUUGUAAAGAAUGUCUUUAUAGAAAGCGGUGCCAUCGUGUUCAAACAUGUUUAGGACGGCUUGACAUCCUCACUUAGCCCUCCACAAUGCAGUUUAUGACUUAAUCAUCAGCUCAGGGUCUUGGGUAAUCCUGAUGAUGGGAGAGGCGGCAUGAAGACAAAACAGCGACUCACAGGGAGGAAAGAAAAAACAACAGCUACAAAAAAAAAAAAAGGGUGGACAGAAGCCGGUCAUUUUACUGCACACACAAGCCAUAACAGAAACCAAGAGCUCUCUGGGGGGUGAGAUCAGAGAGAGGCAGGAAGAGAGGGCGAGCCCGAGGAAGCCCAGGAAACAAAACCUUUAGCCUCUGUGUUUACGAUGCAUGUCAAACAAACGACAAUGACCUAAAAACAUUUUUUUGGUGGUGAAGAUGAUAUGAGGUGUCUUUAAAAAAAAAUAUAUAUCUGUAUGAUAAACCUACAGGGGGUGGGAGCCUGGGGAUCAAUUUGUAAAAUGUGUGUAUUUUUUUCAGUUGUAUUUUUUAUUUUUUACGAUAUCUAUUUAUUUUCUUUAGGUAUGUAUUGGAUAAAUGUAUGUACAUGUUCCGUUCCUUCUUGGCUUCAUUUGAACUAGUUUUAAAAGUAAAUAUGAAACAUUGAGAAAAAUGGUCAUUCAAAUACGCUACUGUAUGUGUACAUUUUGAGAACAAAUUGUGCAAUGAUUUAACAGAUUUCCAUGAUUAAAGUGAUAGUAAUACAAAUUGAAAAAUAUCAUCCGGAAAAAUAAACAAUAAUGACGAUGAUGGUGAUGAUGAUGAUGAUGAUGAUGAUGAAAAUGGUGAUGUAAUAGGAAAAAAAAAUAAUAAAGCGAUCCAGGUGGAUCCGCUGAUCAUCGCAAA